AUGCCGACGGUGGUGGUGAUGGACGUGUCGCUCUCCAUGACACGGCCGGUGUCGGUGGAGGGCUCCGAGGAGUACCAGCGGAAACACCUGGCGGUGCACGGCCUGACCAUGCUCUUCGAGCACAUGGCGACCAACUACAAGCUGGAGUUCACGGCCUUGGUGGUGUUUUCGUCGCUCUGGGAGCUGAUGGUGCCAUUUACAAGAGAUUACAACACGCUGCAGGAAGCUCUAAGUAACAUGGAUGAUUACGACAAAACCUGUUUAGAGUCAGCACUGCUUGGGGUUUGCAAUAUUGUCCAACAAGAAUGGGGUGCAGCAAUUCCUUGCCAGGUUGUUCUUGUCACUGAUGGCUGCUUGGGGAUCGGCAGAGGCUCCCUACGACACUCACUAGCUACUCACAACCAGAGGAGCGAAAGCAACCGAUUUCCACUGCCUUUCCCAUUCCCGUCCAAGUUGUAUGUCAUGUGCAUGGCAAAUCUUGAAGAGCUUCAGAGCACGGAUUCCUUAGACUGCCUGGAACGGCUCAUAGAUUUGAACAACGGGGAAGGGCAAAUUUUUACCAUUGAUGGACCACUUUGCCUGAAGAACGUCCAGUCUAUGUUUGGAAAGCUAAUAGACCUGGCUUAUACACCAUUCCAUGCUGUUCUCAAGUGUGGCCACUUAACAUCUGAUGUGCAAGUAUUUCCCAGACCAGAACCUUUCAUUAUAGAUGAGGAAAUAGACCCCAUUCCUAAAGCAAUUAAUACAGAUCUAGAAAUUGUUGGUUUUGUAGAUAUAGCUGACAUUUCUAGCCCUCCUGUCUUAUCCAGACACUUGGUGCUGCCUAUUGCACUUAACAGAGAAGGUGAUGAGGUGGGACCUGGGAUCACAGAUGACACCGAAGAUGAGAAUUCAGCUAAUCAGAUUGCUGGGAAAAUCCCCAACUUCUGUGUUUUGUUGCAUGGGAGCCUGAAAGUGGAAGGCAUGGUGGCUGUCGUUCAGUUGGGGCCAGAGUGGUAUGGAAUGCUCUAUUCACAAGCUGAUAGCAAGAAGAAAUCAAACCUCAUGAUGUCACUCUUUGAACCUGGUCCCGAGCCCCUUCCUUGGCUAGGGAAGAUGGCACAGCUUGGACCUAUUUCAGAUGCAAAAGAAAAUCCGUAUGGAGAUGAUGACAAUAAGAGCCCUUUUCCCUUGCAACCCAAGAACAAGCGCAGUUAUGCACAGAAUGUUACUGUAUGGAUUAAACCAAGUGGCCUUCAGACUGAUGUACAGAAGAUCUUGAGAAAUGCAAGAAAACUCCCUGAAAAAACUCAAACCUUCUAUAAAGAACUGAACCGUUUACGAAAGGCAGCCCUGGCCUUUGGCUUUUUGGACCUCUUGAAAGGUGUGGCAGACAUGCUGGAGCGGGAGUGCACACUGCUGCCUGACACAGCUCAUCCCGAUGCAGCGUUUCAGCUCACGCAUGCUGCACAGCAGCUUAAAGUGGCAAGUACUGGGGCUUCUGAAUACGCUGCCUAUGAUCAUAACAUUGCUCCACUGCAGACAGACUUUCCCAGUACUGGCACUGAAAGAAUGUGAAGUCUCCAGUUUGGGAACUUCUACAGAUUAAGACUCAAAUUGUUCAAAUUUUCUUGUCCUGUUUACUUUCUAGGGCCUCUUUAAUUACUGGCUGGAGAACUCCCUAUUCAAACAGGGGCCCUUUACUGCAUCAAUGCUUUCUUAAGUGUAACUAAUCUGUGGUGGCUUCAGUCAGGCCUGGAAACCAGAAAGUGUCCCAGAGUCGGUUCCUUAGUACAUGUGAGGAGAGAAAGAAAAUGCCAUCACAGGCCUCGCUCCUUGUGGCUUUUGGCCUCCCAAGAAUGUGGUUACUAGAUAACUGAAAUCACUGGCAAAAGCAUCCUAAAAGGCAGCUACUAUUAUUUUAUACAUGGAAUUGAUCAGUCCAAAGAAAACAUGUGAGAAUCACUCUGCAAAAUCAGAUACAGAGCUAAUUUCAGGGUGUUGUCACUAAUUGUGUGCCCAUCGUGAAAGCUAGCCUGUACCGCAGUAAUGAACAUUAUCACUGGCAUUGCAGUGCUGGUACUUGUAAAAGUAACUUAAUCUUUUGAGACAAUUUUUUUAUUUGUGUAAUAUUAAUAAAGAGUAAUUCUUCAGGAAAACUUAA